AUGCCCAGGGCGAUACAGCUGGAACCUGGUCAGCCAGGCCCAGACUGGCGCCGAUGGUGCGGCGGCUGGUUAUACGACCCGAUGGUCCGGGUGGAUGGGAGAUUGAUAAAGACGUCAACUUUGCACAAACGCCAGUUAAGGGAACGACGAAACGCGCAGUUAUUGCGAGAGAGUGAGCAGCGUUGGGGCUUGGGACUUUCACGCGAAAAGGAUGCCUCGGUAGAGCAAACCAAUAUACGAGAGGAUCAAGCUCCAGGCAGUGACAGCAACAGCGCCAUCGAUGUCGAAUGCAAUGGCCGUACGUCCAGUGACCAACCACAAGCACCGCAGCAGGCUCAAACCAGCAUCGAUGACACUGCAGAACGCCUCGUCGAUCAAUCAAACCCCAGUCUCACCACCGCCACAUCCACCACCACCACCAAAGCCAGUCUCCAUCACAGCGCGUUGAACGCCCUCCUCACCAAAGAGCUCAUCCAUCGCGCCCGUCAGCGGCAGCACCCCAAAACACUCUGCCCCUCCGAAGUCGCGCGCAAGAUCAACCUCAGUUUCCCAACAGUCUUACUCGCCGACCCUGAGCCUGAAUCUUCGUCUACUCAAUCUGCUCACGAUAGCAGAAGCCGCAAUAUCGCUGUCGGCAAUGAUGAGCAAGCAGGGCACGACGGUCACGCCGAUGUCCUGGACGUGCUAAAAUCGUGGCGCGACCUAAUGCCGCUUCUCCGGCAGUUUUGCGUUGAGCUGCACAACAAGCCUGACGCCGAUAGCGAAACUGGUAGGGGAAAAGAAAACAUGAUCGAGAUCCUCCAGAAAGGCGAGGUACUCCCUCGGCCGAUACUGCUAGAGAACAUCCGCGGGCCGAUUCGCGCACGUCUGCGUCGUCGCGCUGAGGCGUGA